CCUCACUCAACCAACAGUUAAACCCACAAAACGAACAAGAACAAUAAUUGUGGAUUAAUAUUUACUCGUUUUGAUCAUUGAUUAUUAUUCAAUUAUUCUUUCUGAGGAGUGUUUAUGUAUGCGGCGUAGCGUAUGUGUAUGAGCAUCAUUUUUAACUGACCGGUCCUUGUGGUGGUACUGGCCAAGAUUAUGCAACGUGCUAGUCCUUUAACGUGGACUUCAUUCAAUACUGAUAGUGUUCAUAAUUCAGUUGAAUUUCAGCAACAGAGACAGGAGCAACAUCAAAGAUUGUUAAAUAGUUUUCAGUCAUUAUAUAAUAAUAAUAAUACAAAUAAUAGUAGUAGUAUUAUAGAUGAAGAUUCAUUUCAUCCACUUACAUCAACGAAUAAUAUUGACAAUAAUUUGAAUUUAUUACCAUUUAAUCAAUUUAUCAGUAAUAUACCAAAUUUAUUAAGCUCUAUCAAUAAUAAUAACAAUUCAGAAAGAAAUACAAUAUCAUCUUUGACUACGACAUCGUCAACAGCAUCACCUUCAUUAUCCUCUUCAACGGUGUCUACAUUGUCGUCAGCAACAUUUGCAUCAUCGGCGUCAACGACAAUCAAUGCGAAUUCAUCUAUAUCAAUGAAUCCAUAUAGCACUAGUACGGCAGCUGCUGUGGCCGCGGCCGCUGCAUGGUAUCCUUUAAGUUUAGCAAUGGAUGAAAUGGCUCAAAACAUAAUCUCUUCAAAAUCUGAACGAAUUGAUCGAAACAUGUUUUCUUCCCUUUUUCUUCCAACAAUAUCUCAAACAAUUGGUAAAUCAAAUCGUAUAACUCAAAAUCAAUUAAAUAGUUUAAUACUACCUAAUUUAAUGAAUUCUGAUGAAUAUUAUGCGACAACAGACAUGAAGACUAAUAGUGAUACUAAUACUACCACUACUACUGAUAAUAAUAUAAGUAGUAUUGAAAAUAGUCUUAAUCAUAUGAAUAAUUCAAAUGGACAAACUUUUUUGCAUGUUCAUGAAGAUAAUCUAAAUCCAGCAUCAUCACAUCAAUCAGAUCAAAGUAUACACAGUAAAUUAAGUCCAUUACCUGGACAAAUGAAUGGAAUAGACCCAUCUGGAUCACCGCCAACAAUUCAUUCACCUAUAACUAAUGAUAAUAAAUGUAAAAAAGCAAGACAUAGAACAACAUUUUCAGUUCAACAGUUGUCAAUUUUAGAAGCAGCAUUUGAUAAUUGUCCAUAUCCUGACGCUGUAACACGAGAAGAUAUUGCUUCCAAAUUGUCACUCAGUGAAUCACGUGUACAAGUAUGGUUUCAAAAUCGUCGUGCUAAAUGGCGUAAACAAGAAGGUAGUCAAUUAUUAACCAAUGGCAAUAAUUCAAAUAAUACUUGUACUCCUACUAAUACUGUUAGUAGUACUACUUUAACUACGACUGCUACGAAUAAUAAUAACAAUAUCAGUAGUAUCAUCACAUCUACAGUAUCAAUAGCAUCAUCCUCUUCGACGUCAUCAUCUUCAUCUAAUUUAUUAACUGUUGAAAAUGAUGAAGAUUUACGAAUAAAUACAACAAAUAUAUUAGAAACACCAUUUUCGUCAACAACAACAACGCCAACAGGUCGUAAAAGAGUUUCCGGUUCAAGUGUACAACAACAACAUCAUUACCAACAGAAAAAUAACUAUUCAAAUUACAAUAAUUUUAAACAAAUCAAUGAUGAUACAGAUAGUAUAAUCAUGAAUCCAAUUUCAUCAUCAUCUCAUUUUAAUUUAUCCAUGAUUACUAAUGAUCUUUUAAGUAAUUAUCAUCAACAAUUAAGAAAUUUUUCAUUUCUUAAUGAGAAUAUAAAAUAUAAAUCAUCACCAACCUCAUCAUCAUCAUCAACAACAUCAAUUACUUCACCAUUUCAUAAUGAUUUAAUGAAUUGUUCUAAUCAAACAUCGACAACAACAACAACAACAAUGUUCAAUGAUCGAUUGUUCAAUGCAACUAAAUCAUUAGAAUCAGUAAAUUCAUCAAUAAAAACCAUUGGCAAUAAUAAACAUCAAACUAACCAUUCUAAUUUAAAUUGUUUAAUCAAAUCAUCUGUAAAUAAUAACAAUCGGUAUUAUCAACAUUAUUUAUCAAGUAGAAAAUCAACUCCAACUACUUGUAAACAACGUAAACAUACUACUAAUAAUAAUAUCAAUAAUAAUCAUGAUAAUAAUGAUAAUGAUAAUAUUGAUCAUGAUGAUCCUGUUAAUGCUGAUGAUGAUGAUGAUUUUAAUGAUGAUGUUGGUGGUGAUGAUAAUGUUGAUGAGGAAAUGGACGAGAUCAAAACAACGGGAGUGAAUAACACAAAGACAAGAGAUUUACCAUUUUCUGUCUUAUCGCUUACAGCCAAUAAUCAUAAUAAUACUAAUAUUAAUAAUAAUAAUGAUAAUCAUAAUAGUAUAAAUGAUCCAUUUGCAAGACUUCAGUCAUCAUCCUCAUCAUCCAAACUGUUUUAUCAAAAUCUUAUAAAAUCUAUAAAAUCAAUCAAUAAUAUUGAUAAUCACGAAAAGAAAAAUUCUAAUUCUCUCAAUUCUUCAUUAUCUACUUCAAUUCCAUUGAAUGAGAUCAACUGUUCAAUGAAUGAAUUGAAUCCUACUGAAGAUGUAACAAAAUAUUUAACGAAUCUAUCUGAUUUCAGUGCACUAAUGAAUUCAUUAUUGAAAUCUAAAUUAAGUCUUUUGACAAAAACAUCAACUUUAUUUGAUUGUAAUGGAAAUAAUCAUGAUUCAUGUCUAAAUAUUCUGAAUGAUAAUACGACUAGUACUAAUGCUACUCAAAUUACUAAUACUACAAGUACUACUAAUACCAACAAUAAUAGUAGUAGUAAUACUGUGAUUGAUAAUGUUAUUCAAAAUUCAAUUUUAGAAAAUUUAAUAACUUCCUGUACACAAUUCCCUUUCAAUUUACAAUAUUUAAAUGGCACACCAUUAAAUCAGCAUGGAUUAGAUUUGAAGGUGGAAUCAGAUACAAAUAAACAAAUUAAUUCAAAUCGCAUGGAUAAUCUACUUGGUCCAUCUGACGAUCAGUUGGAAAAUCAAUAUCCUGAUAUACAAAAACUUAUUUUCAAUGACAUAUCCUCAUCACAUACACUGUUACCAUCUGCACUAACAUCUAGUACAGCUAACAAUCUACUCUGGGAAUACUUUUUGAAUCGUCUACAAGAUCCAAACAAUUCUUUAUUAUCUAAAUCACCAUCUCUUGGAACCUCGGCAAUGACAACAAAUUCAUUACAAAAUGGUACUAAUAAUUCUAACAACUCAUGCUCAAAUGAUUUAAUUAAUCCGCCUGAUUUAUUGAAUUUGUCUAAUUAUCAAUAUUCUAAUAUGAACAUAGACUUUCGCAAGUUUUUACAGUAUGCUAGUUUGAAAGGGAAAGAAACAAAUUUAAAUUUCAACUUUAACAAUUCUUCUACCAAUAAUACUACUGCUACUACUACUACUUCAAAUAAUUCUCCUAGUAAUCUACAUCUUACUACUACUACUACUGCUAUAACAUCAUCUGCGACAAAUGGUCUGAUGUCGGAUUCAUUAGAUAAAAUUAAAGACGAUUUACUGUUGAACAGUACAAAUCUACCUAAUCCUAUCGAUCAAAUAACCAAAUUAUCACAAUCCGAUUUUAUCCAUAACUUUAUUAAAAAAUUUCAAUCAUAUGGAAGUGAUUCAAAUGGUGUAAAUAAUGAUAAUGAUAGCAGUAAUCAUAAUAACAGUGAUAAUAACAAUAAUAAUAGUUUUACACAACAAAUGAUGCAAUAUUAUGCUCUAUGUGCAUUUGUUCAAACUACUACACUUUUGUCCAACUCAUCAUCUUCCACAUCGACAUGA